ACAAAUCAGGACUGUGUGACAGCUCUGCUUCAUCAGUGUAGGUGUUCACAGAGCAGACUUUGAGGACAAAUAGUGAGAGUACAGUUAUUUAACCAUGGGCUGUAUUUAAAAGUUACGUUGGUGUAAUUACGUCAGUUGAUGAACCAAAUGACACAAACUAUUCUAAGAAAACCCCUAGAAUUGCGCUAAUUAUAUUGGGACAAUUAUUCUUUUUGGCAUGAAUAGCUGCUGCCAUAAAGUAUCGUUAUACCUGCCUAAUUGCAUUAAAAGCAAGCGAUACAUCAUUUUAAUUACACUGGUUGUGCUGCAGUGCUACAGUUUUCUGUUGCAGAUCAACUUUAUGCCUUCAGGUUGGAUGAUUAAGUUGUAAAUGUUUGUUCCAUCUGUAAACAUUUGCUCUCCUUGGGUAUUUAAUUUCAGGAACUUAUGCUCUCCUAUGGCUUCUGCAGCAGGGUGGUGAGAUGCUGCCACCUCUUUGACUACUUCCCAGGCCCGUGCUAUUGCAAAACAGCUGGGAAAGUACACGUAUGUGCUGCCACCUGCUAAAGCUUCUCUUGGUGGUGCGCUUCCACAUGAAAGGGGCUCAAGGAAGGAAGAAACAGAAGCUUGCCAAAGAGAGAGCAGGGCUUUCCAAGUUGCCUGAUCUGAAAGAUGCUGAAGCGGUUCAGAAGUUUUUUCUUGAGGAGAUCCAGCUUGGCGAGGAACUACUAGCUCAAGGUGAAUAUGAGAAAGGUGUUGAUCACUUGACCAAUGCCAUUGCUGUGUGUGGACAGCCGCAGCAGCUACUACAAGUUCUACAGCAGACUCUUCCACCACCAGUGUUUCAAAUGCUUCUAACUAAGCUCCCUACAAUUAGCCAGAGAAUUGUAAGUGCACAGUGCUUGGCUGAAGAUGAUGUUGAAUGAGGUCACACCACAACAGGGGGAAAAAGUGUUUUCUUACCCCAGAAGAUGAGCAUCAGUAGGGGGAUAAAGGGGCAAACAUAGUAGUUAAUGGACUGUGUACCACAUCGGGUUCUACCAGAGUUAAAAUUAACUUUGUGUAGGUGGGUUUCACAGGAUUUUAUUUAUUACCCCAGUGAAAAGUGUAUUUUGAUAAGAAUUCAUUUUAUAAAUACACUGUGUUGAGUUAUCAAAGUAUCACUAUCUUCGUUAUUAAAAUAUGCAGUUGUAAUGUUGUACAUAUAAAGACAUAAAACUACAACCUAUUGAAAACCCAAUGCUCAUUUUUGAAAACAAACAAACAAACAAAAAGUUAUGGCAAUAAAGAUUUAUCUGCACUUGUGUGUCCCUACAGUACUACUUUAAAUUUCAGAACAUUUGGGUGUCAGAGCAAACGAUCUAAAAAUGACUUAACAUUAAAAUUUAUUUUUAAUGUUAUGGCUGGUCUUCCAAUGCUUUUGAUUAAAAACCUCGUGUUAUUUCUCAAAAAAAUAGGUGUGUGAUCAUUUAAGCUGUAACUGGUCACUUCAGAAAGAGAUGCAGAUCAGAAUGGAACUAGAUGACUGGCUGCAGAAAGAAUGACACAUCUGUUUGUCAGGUACAAUGACACCUCUUGUGAUGCAAGGCAAAACUGUAUCUGCCAAACAGGAAAGCUCUGUUAGUGCAGGUGUCUGAAAUAAAGCUGCUAGGAGAAGAACCCUGGACAGAUUUUAAGAGCACAAUCAUUGGUUUUUGGAAAGCCCGAAACAUUUUAUAAGAUAACUAACAUUUCAGUCUGUAGUUUUCAAGACCAUAGAAAAUGGUUGUUAACAGUCUUUGGCACUUGUCUUUAAAAUUUUUGUACUGAUACAAGUAACACAGGUAACACGUUGAUAUACCCAGGCUAAACCAGCUAAAGCUACUGGAAUUAGAAACAUGUAAAACUUCAGUACACAAUGAAAAGGAGCCAAGUAACAUGUAGGCUCAAAUGUGCUUUCAAAAGAAUUCUUCUGCUCAUUUUCCACCGGUAGGAUGUUCUAAAUUUCAAGUUAUAACAGACUAGCUUCUGCCCUUUUCUGGUUUUGUGCUAUGGCCACUCAGGCAGAAGAAACAAUUAAAUAUGGAGCUUUACACUUCAGCACGGUGACUUAUGCUUUAGGGUGUUUGUCUUACAGACCAGCUGAUAGUUUGUGAUUGUGAUGCCAACACAUUACUAGUAAGGUACUAGAUGGCAUAGUCCAAACAGAAGCGAUACUCUGAAUGCACUUUAGCUAACAUUCCCAUUUAUUUCUGCCUCAUUUCAGCCUGCUUUAAGUUUCUGUAAAGGCAGAUUCUUCGAAAACAGGUCUCAAAGUUUCAGAAAUUGCUUAGCACAGAAUUUUUGAGAGGUUAAGUGAAUAGUUUAUGGUCACUUAGCAGUCGGACACCAGAGUUUAGGAGUGCAAAUGACUUUUGCUGAGUCUUUCAGAUUGGACAAUUCAAUUUGUUAUGGAGAUAUUUCCCCACUAAGCCCGUGAAAAUACAGUGUCCCAAGAUUUGGGCUGCUGUUGAAUUUUUCUGUAGUGGGACAAAUACUGAGGCUCAUGGCUGGUAUGAACAAAAACUUCUAGAAUAACCGACUGUAACUUAGUCUUUUUGUUGUGCUUGAGUUGUUCAGGAACCAUAAGGUAGAAGUAAAACUUAAUAGCCAUAAUCUUCAGGUGGCAAUGACUGUUUUCCUCUUUUCUUUGGUUUAGAGGGACAAAGUUAUUCUGCACCUAAAAUAUUUAAUAAAAAAAAAAAAAAACAAACACAAAAGUUGCAGUAGGUUCUGUGUUUUUGGGGUGCAUUUGGGCUUUUUGGAGGAGUUUGCCUUUUUAAUUUUAAGGGUUAGGAAAAAUUUGUAGAUUAAGCUGGCAGCACUGUUCCCACAUGUACCUGCUAUCCUUGCUGGGGGUCAUUUCAGUGUAAUAUCUUUUUGGUUCAUAUUUUAACCUCAAGGUAAAUCAAACUGCCUUAAAACCCAAACAGUGUAAGAUACCCUUCCUUCAAACCCAAAUAGCUUUCUACACUCUGGUAUAAUGUUGCCAGUUCAAAUUCACAGCAGCAAUGCUUUCCCGAACUAAGUAUAUUUUAGCAAAUCUGUGUGUCAGUUCUUUAUUUUGAUGGAAGACUUGAUGAUUGUCUGAUUGUGUUUGCAAAUGUUCAUUGCUUUAAUAAUUGUUUUAGACACCCAUGUUACUCUAAAUCUUUUUAGUUUUCUUGAUCCUGAAAAGUUAGAUAUUUAGAUAAAGUAGAUUUAAAUGAAGCCUUAAGAAGUACAGAUACGGUUGCAAAUCUUACAAUCCAAAAGUACUUGCUUAGUAAGCUAAUGGAAGCUCUGACACCUGAUUUGAGUGCCUUGUCUAGUAGGGUGAGAAUGUUGAACCCUUUUAAUAAGGCUUAAUAUAUAUAUAUUUUUUUCCACAAUCUGAUGAGCUAAAACUUUACAAACUGUGAAGACUUGAAGGUACUGUCUAGAAUGGGAAUUUGGUGUUUCUCUAACAACAGCAGGCUGCCACAGCCCACGGAUGUAGGAAGGAGGCUGUAACUUCAGACUGGUUUCAGACAUAAGCAAAGGAGCUGGUCGCUGGAAGUGCAGUGGUACUGAUGGGCAUUGCUGCAUCACUGGUAGCAAUGCUGUUGCAUUUAGUUGUGCGUAAUAAUACUCUUUGCCUGUGCAAAUUAAAAAAGGUGGACAUGAACUAUUGCAGGUGGUGUAUAUUUGCUGCUGGUGAGCUCAAAGUUCCUGGUGUUGAUAUCUGUAAUCUUCACUGCAGGUAAAGCUACUAUUCUUUCUCCCAGGGAAGAGCCAUCCUCCAUUCUGUGGCUCUCCCCUCAGAGGAUUCCUCAUAAAGGAGAUCUGAGGUCUCUUAGUUUUAUGUUGGGGCGUCUCCUGUCAUCAGUUAUGAGCUUCUCAGGCAGCUUUUGUAGCCAAAAAAAAACACAACAACAAACCAGCUAGUUUUAUGAUCAUGCAGGACUACCUUUGUUUGAUGUCUCACCAUUAAGUUUUUUAGAUAAUGGAAUCGAGUCCAAAACCAGAGUGAUCAGGCACACACUGAAUCAUCUGGCACUAAUUUCCUUACCCUAGGGAAUGACAGAAUAAUAUUGUUGCCCUUAACUUGAAAAAUGAAGUCCCGGCCCUGCUGUGUAGGAGGCAGCCAGCCAGCCAGUCAUCAUCAAAGCUCAAGCUAUUUAUGCACCCAGAAGAAUCUUUCUAAAAUCCUAUUUGUACAUCUGUUGAUGGUGUGUUUAAAGUCCCUUAGGCUCGACACUGGCCCUGCAUGACCAUUGUGUUAAAAUUAAUAUGAGUGAAACUUCAAGGGAAUCUUUGAAGUGGUCACUAAGUGCUUUUAGUGAGUAUUUCAAAGGCAUGUUGUACUGUGCACCCAAGCUUCUGAGUUUUUAAACAUAUACAGAUACGAAAAGGGUUGAUGUGAAGAAAGUUUCUUCAAGGCUUCUGUUGUACCUAGGUCUUGCUUUUUUUUUCAGUUUGUGUUUACUCUGUCCAGUAAGGGUUAUGGUCUCAUUUGGGCAGUGACCAAAAAAAAGCUUGUCUGCACAGCAGUCAAAUCUGACCCAAAGUGUGUCUUUGAAAGAGCUGAAACCUGUGCUUAGUUCAUAAAGACUGGAGUAGCUUUCAUCAUAGCAGCUCCAGAAACUGAGUUUCUGGUGGAGGUAACUACCUGCUUUCUGCAGUUGUACCCAAGGAGAGCUUCCCAGAGAAGAUAUGGACAUCUGAAGCUGUUCUGAGAGGGCAGGAAUCGCCAUGUGCUGUGUGUGAAUAUGUGAGCGAAGCCACAGAGAGCAGCUGGCCCUUGUGCCAUGUUUCUGUACCCAACCAUCCAGCAGGCUAGAACUUGACAAUGGGCAAAUUUUUCAAAGUACAAAGCUUUCCAUUUGUGCUUACAAAAAUAUAUAUAUAUAAAUAAGGGUUUUCCCUUCUUUCCCUGCAAUAGGGACAUACAGGUGCUAGUUUUACAGAUUAUUUACUGUAUAUCUUUCGAUAAGGUGACUACUCUGUGUUUUGUGAUGACUGCUGUAACCUGAUAAUCACAAGUUCUUAAAGGCCUGUGUGCUCUAAGCUUUGGACUCCGCAGGUGUCCUUCCAGUUCCUGUUCUGUAAAGAUCAGGCCUGGAUUUCACGGGUUAAUAAAUGCGUGUCCUGCAGCCCAGCAUUUACCAGCAUUUCCCUUGCGCCCUGAGGAUGUUCUUGACUCCUUACCUUUGGGAUGAGGGGGUGUCUAUCAGCGCUCGCCUGCUCUGGUGGUUGCUGAAUGGGGUGGUGUUGCAGCUGGAACGGCGUUGCUGCAGCCUGUAAAUCCGCCUGGAUGGUCCGUGCUGUGAGACAGUUUGAGUGGCUUUCAAGCAUGAAAUUUCUGCUCUGCAUGGAGGCAGAAAACAGCCUCUGCCAGCUAGUUCUGCAUCUUCUCACAACUUGGACCCUUGUGACUUUGAAAUCCUAAUUUGCUCGCGCUUUCAUUUGUUGCAGCAGGUCUGAAUCUAAACAGCAGAGGGCAGUUUUGCACGUUGUCUGUGCAAGCUCAUCCUGCAAAAUCCUGAUUUUAAGAAUCUUCGUGUCUCGUGGGGUGAUGCAAUGCAGUAUUUUGUCCAGACAAAUUUGGUACAGUGUAUCAGACAGGGUCACUGGGGCAGCAGUGGCAGAUGUUUCUACCGAUACCUAAUUUUGGCACUUUAAAUUCUGUGUGUUUUGUUUGGUGUGGUAACAUGAUGAGAAAGGUUUCCCUUCCAUCCCUCAGCCCAAACCAGGCAUUUAGAUAAACCUGCUACAUUGUGCAGCUUGAACUCUGCAACACACAACUGCUUCUCAUUCCCUGCCAUGUCAGAGGUGAGCUCCCCCUGCGCAGAUGUAAUGUUUCUGGAUGAGCUUUGAAAAAGGAGUGAAAGGAGAGCUCCGGUUACCUGCAGUAGGGGUGGAAGAGAAAUUCUCCAGCUUAAGCCUGGAGUUGCACUGUCUGAGAUGGGCUGUGAGAGAAGGGCUAUUCCCACCCCCCAAAAAUAUAAAAAAAGGGUAAGAUGUUCUAAGUUGGCAAUGGGAUGCAGUUUUGUUGCUGGUUGAAAUUCAGCCUAAGAUGGCAAAAUCUCCUUGUGCUGUGGCAAUCCCGUAGCUGACGUGAAGUGAGCUGGUGGGGCCCCUCUGAUGCCCAGGAGGCAGCUCUUUGUAGCACAGUGGCACCUUGGCUUGUGACCAAAUCUUAACUAUUCCCGUGCUUCAGAAGUGGUUUCUCUGUGCUUCUUGGGGUGUGUUUGCAGGGGAAAGUGUAUGUUGGUGCUGUACACGUAAAUGGAAGUUUUCGGCCUCUGUAGUUGUCAGUCAACAUAUUUCUGGGCAUUUAACUGGUUAUUAAAAAUACUUAGGAGUCUGCUUAAAACAUAGCAAGUACCUAGAGAAAUAGAGCUGUUUAAUAAAAGGUAUUGUCUCUGCACACCAGGCUUCUCCUCCUUCCCUAGGUCAAUCUGGAUGUGUCACACCCUAUAACAUAGCCUGGAAGAUACAGAAAUUUGCUGUAACAAACUAAACUUUGCCUGGUUUGGCACGUAUGUAAAAGAGCAUUUCCUGGAGCUCCGAAACAACCUGGUUAGCAUCUUCUGUUGUAUUUAAUAUUGUUUAAUUAGAAGUAAUGUACUUUCUGCUGUGAUGAUUAAAAUGACAAUGAUUAUUGCAUGGAUUUGUUAAUUAUAAUGCAAUGACUAAUUAAACGGAGAAAUGG